CCUAGAGGUUCCGGCUGGGCAAAGAAACUCGAACCCGGUUAUCUAGUUGUCUCCACCACCGGUGCGCAGUCCGGUGCCCAAACCUGCUCUGGCGGGAACUGUGCAGCCCACGAUAAGGUUAUAUCAAUAAACGAUGGUAGAGACAGUAGCUCAUAGCGCUUCAGUGGAUGGCCUGGCCGAUCACCCGCCCCUCUUAGGCCAUCCUGUUUAUAAUGGGGAGCCACCAGCGCCAGGUCCUGAAGAGCGGAUGAACCCAUUUGUCGCCAUCAUCUUGCUUUAUGGUAUCAUGCUGCUCAUGGUCGGAGCUCAGGUGAGUGCGGGCUUUGGCUUGGGGUGUUGUUGGGGUUACGUGUCACAGACCGUAAUGCCUUGGCCUUACGCAAUUGCCUUGCGUAACUAUUCAAUUAGGCUGGUGCACCACUGCAUGCAUCAGAUAGGCGCAUGGUGCUUUAAUGCAAAUUAUGCAUAUCUGAUACCCAUGCAACCGUUACCCUUCCGCAAGACCAAGUACGCCGCUUCUCUUGUGGGCAUAAACCUCGCUACCCCUUGUCGCUCCCGUCCGUAAGGUCUAGCUACACCCUAGUUUCAUAGCUUGCCUGCAUGCACGUUGUGCAGUGACCACAUCCAUCCCAUAUUUGUUUGUCAUCUCCUGCAGCUUGUAGGCGUGCUGCUCAAUACCUUUCCACACACUUGAUGAGCAAUGCCUCUUAAGUCCUGCCCCCGACACCUGCUCCCUGCCUGCCUUGCUCGUCCCAGACAGCGCUGUUUAUCUGGAAGAAGAAGCACCGCAAGUCCUAUGAGCUGGUGACGCUGCUGGGCAUGUGGCUCAUGCCGGCGCUCAUAUCGGUGCACCUGCGCUUCUACCGCUUCCUGGUGGUAUGGGCCAUCUUCUCGGCCAUUGCCGGCCGCCUCAUAUGGACGUGUGCGCAAAAGAAGAUGUCGCGCACCACGCCGCGGCGGGUGUACACCUUCUUCCUGGGCUUGUAUCGCGUCUGCAAGGUGGUGGGCGUCACCGGCUACGCCUUUGUGUUGGCGGAGAUGUUUGGGUUAGGGCCGCUGCUGCACCUGCUUUUCCCCAAGGACCUGGCCAUCGACCUGGUGUGGUACGGCCUGUACUUUGGGAUCCUAGGUCGCGACUGCGCCCAGGUGGCGACAGACAGCUUGUCUUCGCGGCUGGGCAUGGAGGGGCGGCAGCUGGCCACCCGCAUCAACAACUGCGGCAUCUGUGGGAACGAGCUGUGUGACGAGCUGGUGCCGGUGGCAGGAACUGGGGAGGAGCCGGUUGCGAAGCCAUCGCCGGAACGCACGGUGCAGUUGUCGUGCAAGCACUGUUUCCACGACCUAUGCAUUCGGGGCUGGACCAUGGUGGGCAAGAAGGACACUUGUCCCCAGUGCAGCGAGAAGGUAGACCUCCGCUCCAUCCUGGCGGAUCGUCCCUGGGAGACCCACAACAUUACUUGGAUUCAGAUGAUGGACGGCAUCCGGUACCUGGUUGUCUGGAAUCCAAUCAUCUUCACGGCGUUGUCCUUCCUGCUGCACAUAUUCGGGCCGCACCGCCACAACGGUGCUCACGGGGUCGAUUCGGCACCCCUGGUUGGGCCCCCCGGCCUGCACACGCUUGGAAACGCCACAUUGACGCCAGCAGUGCUCUUGGCUGCCAACACGAGCGGUGGCGUCAACCUGACACAUCCGCAUUUGUGAUGUCGGCAUGCCAGGGGUGUGUUUGGCCACGCGUUGCUCUGCCUUUUGUUUUUGACAGGGGCCAAUCCAGCUGGGAAUCGUAGGUCUGGGCAUGAUUUGGAGUAGGGGAUUAGUCGAGAUGCAGGGCUAACUGUCGCUGGACGUCAGUCGUUACGUAACGAACGAUUUUGAUGGGUGAUGGCAAGUUCGUGAUGCGGAUCGCUGGUUCGAAAGCACGAUACAGAAGUACAGAGACCAACGCAGUGGUCGGAGUAGUCAUGUUCUCAUGACCAUGGCCUGCAUAUUAGCAGACGGUUAAAACCUAAUCUAUAAGCUCUACAUCUCCC